UCGCCGCAGAUUUCACAUCUUGCAUAUAGUAAAGGCACUUUUCACCGUUUCCAAUAUCAGUGGUUCAAUAUCUGCAAGAGGGAAUCCUUACACCUCCUUUCUUCACUUCUAUGCUCGGUACGCAAAUCGCCAGAAAUUCAUCGGACAUGCAGCAAUAUCGAGAUUUUGUAGCCAAGGGCUCCCCUCCUGACAAGCCGAAACUCAUGGAUGGUGGAAACUACAUAAAGGAGGGUAGAGACUCGGCCAAAAGUACUUGCCUCAUAUUCUCACCCCGGGAAGACGACGAGGUUGGAAGUCUCGGGCGUUACUUGAAACUAUUCGCAAAGCACAAAGUCAACCUCCUCCACAUCGAGUCAAGGAGUUCGGCUCGGACCGUCGACAACUAUGAAUUCAUGGUGGAGUGCGCACCUGGCGGUGACUUGGCUUCCGUUAUCGAAACCCUGCGCGACCAGUGCGGAUACUUUUCCAUAAUAUCCAGGAACCACAAGGACAACCUGGGCACCGUUCCAUGGUUCCCCGGCAGGAUCCGGGACCUGGACAGAUUCGCGAACCAGAUUCUGUCCUACGGUUCUGAGCUGGACUCUGAUCACCCUGGAUUUACGGACGCGGUUUACAGGGCGAGGAGGAAGUACUUCGCCGACAUCGCCUACCACUACAAACAUGGAGAGCCUAUUCCACGGGUCGAUUACACUCCUGCAGAAAUCGCCACGUGGGGCGUCGUAUUCAGGAAACUGACGUCGAUGUACCCGAAGUACGCCUGCAGGGAACACAAUCACGUGUUUCCGCUGCUUAUAGAGAACUGCGGCUACAGGGAGGACAACAUUCCGCAGCUUGAGGAUAUCUCGAAUUUUUUAAAAGAUUGCACGGGUUUCACGCUUCGUCCAGUCGCCGGUCUUCUUUCGUCGCGUGACUUCCUCGCCGGCUUGGCCUUCCGAGUCUUUCACAGCACCCAGUACAUCAGGCACAGCAGCAAACCUCUUUACACCCCGGAACCUGACGUGUGCCACGAGGUUCUCGGCCAUGUUCCACUUUUCGCGGAUCCAGCAUUCGCGCAGUUCUCUCAAGUCAUCGGACUCGCCUCGCUCGGGGCUCCGGACGAGUACAUUGAGAAGCUCGCCACCUGUUUUUGGUUCACCGUAGAGUUUGGCCUCUGUAGACAAAACGGAGAACUGAAGGCCUACGGUGCCGGGCUUCUGUCGUCCUAUGGGGAGCUGGAAUACAGCUUGAGCGACAAGCCGGAGCUCAGACCAUUCGAGCCGGCAAAAACGGCGCUUCAGAAAUAUCCAAUCACUGAAUAUCAGCCGGUCUACUUUGUCGCCGAGAAUUUCGAGGACGCGAAAGAAAAGAUGAUAAAAUUCGCCCAAACGAUUCCAAGGAAAUUUGGCGUCAGAUACGACCCGUACACGCAAAGUGUUAGCAUUAUCGACAGUAAACACCAAAUCGAGGAUUUAGUAAUGAACGUUAAUCAGGAAGUUCAACUUUUGAUGGACGCGUUGAAAAAGCUGAAGGAUUAAAAUUGUCGUUUAUACAUAAUUGACAUUACUGUUAUACCUAUAUGUAUAUUUCACCGUAAGAAUGUUUGUUCAUAUUCCGA